CUCCUGCCGGCUUUCUCUUCCUUUUCCGGGCAAAAUGGCGGCGGCUGUGAGGAGAGCGGGGAGUGGUUGACGGGAGUCGGGCUCCAUUUAGGUCUCCAGUAGGCUUAGGGACCGGGAGUUUGCUAGGGGCUACCGGACAGUAGCUACUUGUAAAGAAUGACAUCAAUUAUCAAGCUAACCACCCUCUCAGGGGUGCAGGAAGAAUCUGCUCUCUGUUAUUUACUUCAGGUCGAUGAGUUUCGUUUUCUGCUAGAUUGUGGCUGGGAUGAGAAUUUUUCUAUGGAUAUCAUUGAUUCCUUGAGGAAAUAUGUUCAUCAGGUUGAUGCAGUACUUCUUUCACAUCCUGAUCCUUUGCAUUUGGGUGCACUUCCCUAUGCAGUGGGAAAAAUGGGAUUGAAUUGUGCUAUUUAUGCAACCAUCCCAGUGUACAAAAUGGGGCAGAUGUUCAUGUAUGAUCUCUACCAGUCACGCCACAAUACGGAAGACUUUACUUUGUUUACCCUGGAUGAUGUGGAUGCAGCUUUUGAUAAAAUACAGCAACUAAAAUUUUCUCAGAUUGUGAAUUUGAAAGGGAAAGGACAUGGUUUAUCCAUUACGCCGCUACCUGCAGGUCACAUGAUAGGUGGAACGAUUUGGAAGAUUGUUAAAGAUGGAGAAGAAGAAAUUGUUUAUGCAGUUGAUUUCAACCACAAGAGGGAGAUACAUUUGAAUGGAUGUUCCCUGGAAAUGUUAAGUAGGCCUUCCUUGCUUAUCACUGAUUCCUUUAAUGCUACUUAUGUUCAGCCAAGACGGAAGCAACGAGAUGAACAACUGCUAACAAAUGUCUUGGAAACACUUAGAGGUGAUGGAAAUGUCCUAAUUGCUGUGGACACCGCGGGUAGAGUCUUGGAACUUGCCCAACUGCUUGAUCAAAUAUGGAGGACAAAAGAUGCCGGUUUAGGAGUCUAUUCUUUAGCACUUUUAAAUAAUGUCAGCUACAAUGUUGUGGAGUUCUCAAAAUCUCAGGUUGAAUGGAUGAGUGACAAGCUGAUGAGAUGCUUUGAAGAUAAGAGGAAUAAUCCUUUUCAGUUUCGUCAUCUUUCCCUCUGUCAUGGACUUGCGGAUUUGGCUCGAGUUCCAAGUCCUAAAGUUGUCCUUGCCAGUCAGCCAGAUCUUGAGUGUGGGUUUUCAAGAGAUCUCUUUAUACAGUGGUGUCAGGACCCCAAAAACUCCAUUAUCUUGACAUACAGAACCACUCCAGGGACACUGGCACGAUUUCUAAUAGAUAAUCCUAAUGAAAAAGUUAUAGACAUUGAGUUGAGAAAAAGGGUCAAACUGGAAGGAAAGGAACUUGAAGAGUAUUUGGAGAAAGAGAAACUUAAAAAAGAGGCAGCCAAAAAGUUAGAACAGUCCAAAGAAGCAGAUAUUGAUUCCAGUGAUGAGAGUGAUGCUGAAGAGGAUAUUGAUCAACCAUCUGUUCAUAAAACUAAACAUGAUCUAAUGAUGAAAGGUGAAGGUAACCGAAAAGGAAGCUUUUUCAAGCAAGCCAAAAAAUCUUACCCUAUGUUUCCAGCCCCAGAAGAGAGAAUUAAAUGGGAUGAAUAUGGAGAGAUUAUCAAACCGGAGGAUUUCCUUGUUCCAGAACUGCAGGCAACUGAAGAAGAAAAGAGCAAACUGGAAUCUGGGCUUACAAAUGGAGAGGAACCAAUGGACCAGGAUUUAUCUGAUGUUCCUACCAAAUGUAUUUCAGCAAUGGAAACAAUGGAAAUAAAAGCUCGUAUUACAUACAUAGACUAUGAAGGACGUUCGGAUGGGGACUCCAUUAAAAAAAUAAUUAAUCAGAUGAAGCCACGGCAAUUGAUUAUUGUACAUGGACCACCUGAGGCAAGCCAGGAUCUUGCAGAGUCUUGCAGAGCUUUUGGUGGAAAAGAUAUUAAAGUUUACAUGCCCAAACUGCACGAAACUAUAGAUGCAACCAGUGAGACUCACAUAUACCAGGUUAGGUUAAAAGAUUCUCUGGUCAGUUCCCUUCAGUUCUGUAAAGCUAAAGAUGCAGAACUGGCAUGGAUAGAUGGGGUCCUGGACAUGCGGGUAUCAAAAGUGGACACUGGUGUGAUUUUGGAAGAAGGGGAACUGAGAGAUGAUGGAGAAGACACUGAAAUGCAAGUGGAUGCACCUUCGUCAGAUUCGAGUGCUGUUGCUCAGCAGAAGGCCAUGAAAAGUCUGUUUGGAGAUGACGAGAAGGAAAUAUGUGAAGAGACUGAGAUCAUUCCUACUUUGGAGCCUUUGCCCCCAAAUGAAGUUCCUGGACACCAGUCUGUAUUCAUGAAUGAGCCUAGGUUGUCUGACUUCAAGCAGGUUCUCUUGCGAGAAGGAAUUCAAGCUGAAUUUGUAGGGGGAGUGCUUGUAUGUAACAACUUGGUAGCUGUUCGCAGGACUGAAACGGGACGCAUUGGAUUGGAGGGCUGUCUCUGUGAAGACUUCUACAAAAUAAGAGACCUUUUAUAUGAACAGUAUGCAAUUGUCUAAAGGAGAAUUGUAAAUAUGCUACAUAUGGACUUUUUAUUUUUAUGAGAAAAUAGCACAUGUUUAUAAAAGUAUUUACUACUACUUACUGUUUUCCAUCUGAAAUACCUGAUGUCAGAACAUAAUUGGACAUAUUACAGAUAUAGUAGUUCUGUACAGAUAUUCUGUAUAUUUUGCAAAAAUUAUUUCUCAGAUUACUGCAUGUUUUUGUUGGGAAAGUUCCUAUUCCAUGGAAUUUCACUUGCAUGUUUUUUGUUUUAAAGAAUCCAUUCUGGCUAGGAUCUAGUUUUAAGCUGUACUUUAUUCCCAUUUAAACUGAUGGGGAAAUUAGGCUAAGUCAUUAUUAACCUAUUCCAUUGAUUUCAAUGGAACUAGGUAAAACUCCUUUAGUCCAGCUCUGGCACAUUAAGGUUUUGGUAGGAAUGCAAACCUUGUAAAUGUUAAAGGUCAGAUUUUCCAUUUUUCAAUUAAAAUAAUUUCCUUCUAUUCUUGAUUUUGUGACUAACUGUAAAUUACUAUUUUGGUAAAUCACAUCAAGAGAUCUUUAACACGUGAUCUCUUUAUUUGUCACAUUGGUUCCCUACCAAAAACUAAUAACUUGUUGGCUGGGGAAAUCAACGUUGUUUUAGUCCAAAACACACACAAAGAAACUACUUUCCCAGGCUUUGAAAUUAACAUAUAUUUUAGUCUUGCAGUUAUUGGUACUGAUGCUGUGAAGCUGCCUUUCAGUAUUUUAGAUGUACAGCUCAGCUGUUGUUAUUACUAAACUGGAUUAGGACACAGAAUUAGAAAUGCACAAAGGAAAUACAUGAAAGAGUAGUUCAUUCUGCUGGAAUGAAUUUGGGGUACAGAGCAGAUUCGGUCAGAAGGGUCCACAGAGAUAAUGAGCUCCAUGCUGUGACAGAUUUCUAGAGCCAAGCCAAGAGUCCCUAAUUUCUAUUUUUUUAUAAAUGUUUGCUGUUAA